AUGGCGGCAGCCGCAGUAGCAUCCCACCCUUCCUCCUCCUCCUCCUCCGCUCUGCCCGAGAUCGGUGGUCUGGUGCUCGACGAUGCGGACCCAACGUCAGCAGCAGCAUCAGCAAGUGUCGAUGCGGCGCCCACAUCUCUUCCUCCUACUUGGCUCGUCCACUCUCCUCACUGGCUCGUCGCAUCGCAGCAAGAGGUGCAUCUGGGCGGCGGAUGGGAUGAAGAGCCCAUAGCAGGUCCCGCAACACCGCCCUCCUUUUCUCCUCAGCUGGGCACCAGCAAGACGCUCGAAUUCUCAUCAGCGUCCAACAGCGGUAGCAGCGAAGAAAGCGGAAGGAGCACUCCUUCCGAUAGAGAGCAUGCUACCUCUGCUGCUGCUGCAGCAAAAAGCUCCAAGCAAGCUCUGGAUUCUGGUCUGCUGGUCAGAUCUACCAGGCAAGGUUGGGAAAGAUCCUUUGAUCUCAACCAAGGUUGGCCCACGCCCAAACUCAAUGCGGAGGAUGAAGUGCUGGUGAAGAACCUCGCUGCGGGUCUCAACCCCGUCGAUUUCAAGAGGUGA